CCCGGGGGUCGUUCGUGUGUAAUCAGCCAUUUUAAGCGUGCCCCGUGGAAAAUCUGCGGAUUUGCCAGAUGGCAUUUCCCUCGACUUUUGGCACAAUAAAUUGCCUUUCAUAACGCGUGUGUGUCUUCAUCGACCUGUGAACUCGUAAGCUAUCACCUACCUGAAGAAGAAUACAGUUCAAGUUCAUCCAAUCUUUUACCCGGUAGAUUGAUUGACAAUUUUCAUACAUUCAUAUGUGUGACGUCGUGGGUGUGCUUUUUUUUCCUGUACCGAGCCUCUGGUUUUAGUCAAUUGUCGGGAGGGCGGAGCAGAUGCAUUGCCAUUGUAGUAUUUCCGUGAAGAUAUUGUUAUUACCAAUAAGUACUGUUUUGCAUAUAGCUGAGUAAGUUGCAGAUUUCGUGACUUGUGGUUUCCCGAGACAAGGGUUUUCUCCUUCCUCUGGAAGGAAAUGGAAAUGUAACUGUUGAGCUGCAAGUUUAUGGAACCGAAUUGCCGAACGAGAAAAGACCCAAUCGAAGCUUCAUUUUCUUCGGCGAAGGGAAUCAAACCAUUGCGUGACUCUUACUUUCAUCUGUUCGGAGGCGGAACAGGAAACAGUCAGUAGUUGUGGAAAGUCAUCCCUCAAAGAGAAGCGGGUUGGCGCACACAUACAUACAGACAUCUACAUAGACAGGUGCGCCCCCAAAUCAGAUCGUUGAACCGAGCGAACGAGCGUGCCCUGUUUUGACCUCGAAGGCAGCUGUUGUUGGGUACCUGAACUCUUGGAUUCCGCGAGAUGUCAACAUCAGAACCUAAAAGGCUUUCCACCAAUCUGGCCACCAUGUACGGGAGGUAGGUGAAGGUCGAUGGGAGGGCUGUUUGCGAAUUUGGGGUGGGCUUUCCCGAGGGUUUGGUGUAAGUUUGUUUAUGGGUAACGGAAUUUGCAUUGCUUUGCACGAGGCGGGAAUCCCGUCUGUAUGUAUGCUGUUUUAUGUGCUUCCAAUCAUAAUCGUAAUGUUGCUGCAUCACAGGCCGCAUGAAAUGCUGUUUUUUCGUUGUUGGAAUAGAUGGUUCACUAGAUAGUAAAUCGACAACGUUGCGGUAAUGGAGUUUUCGAAUUGAGGUAGAAUUUCCACAGGGCACGAAAGGAUGAAAAUUUGCUUCUGCACAGACCUGGACAAAUCGGUGUUGAUAAGUAAUUUCGAAAAACGUGGCUGGAUGCAGGUCUCGGCCGACGAUGACUGGAACUUUUACUGGGCUGGAACCGGAACGUGUCGGAACAUCUUUAGUGUAGACAGUGGCUACCGGAUGCACGAUAACCAACUCAUAAAUCAUUUUCCCAAUCAUUACGAGCUCUCCCGCAAGGAUUUGUUGGUCAAGAACAUCAAACGUUACCGGAAAGACCUGGAACGGGACGGGAAUCCUCUGGCGGAGAAAUCUGAAAUCAAUAUACCAGGAGGUUCCAAGUACCUGUAUCUGGAUUUCAUUCCGGUGACAUUUGUUCUGCCAGCCGAUUACAACAUGUUCGUCGAGGAGUAUCGCAAAAAUCCCCAGAGCACCUGGAUUAUGAAACCAUGUGGAAAGUCCCAGGGCGCGGGAAUCUUUCUCAUCAACAAGCUGUCCAAAUUGAAGCGGUGGUCGCGGGAGGCGAAAACUUCCUUCCAUCCGCAAAUCGGAAAGGAGAGCUAUGUCAUUUCGAGAUAUAUAGAAAAUCCGUUGUUAAUCGGAGGAAAGAAAUUCGAUCUGCGGCUGUACGUGCUGGUGACUUCGUUUAGACCGCUGAAGGCCUACCUGUUUAGGCUUGGGUUUUGUCGAUUUUGCACCGUCAAGUACGAUACCAGUGUAACUGAAUUGGAUAAUAUGUACGUCCAUCUAACCAAUGUCAGCGUGCAGAAACAUGGGGGCGAGUACAACAGCCAUCACGGAGGCAAAUGGAGCGUACAAAAUCUUCGGCUCUAUCUGGAAGGAACCCGAGGCAAGGAGGUGACUGAUAAGUUGUUUGGGGCCAUAACCUGGUUGAUAGUCCAUUCGCUGAAAGCUGUUUCCAGUGUUAUGGCCAGUGAUCGACACUGUUUCGAGUGCUAUGGGUACGAUAUUAUAAUUGACAACACCUUGAAACCGUGGUUAGUGGAGGUUAACGCUUCACCAUCAUUGACUUCAACCACGGCCAAUGAUCGAAUCUUGAAGUACAAACUCAUCGAUAAUAUAUUGAACAUUGUUUUGCCACCGGAUGGAAUUCCUGAUGUAAGAUGGAAUAAAAUUCCUAGUCCGGAUAUGUUGGGAAACUUUGAUUUGCUCAUCGAUGAGGAAAUUGCUAACCAAGAAGACGGUAUGCCCACCGGUAACGGUAAAAGUCGCUCGAGCCAUACCCGGUGGAAAUGAGAUUAGAUGCGGGCUCGGCAAUUUUUUGUUUAAAUUUUUUUCUUUAUCUGUUUUCGCUUAGGAUGUAUAUUUUCGACUGGUAUUAGUGUACUCAUUUUAAAUUAUCAAAAUGGAUUUCAAACGACUUUAAAAUAGUAUUAUCAAAUGCCUUUAACUGAAUUAUAUGCCAACCAAGCUUAAUUCCAAUUAAGUAGUUAAACGAACGUUAAUUCGAAUGAUUUUUCCGUAAAUUUUAUAAAAAUAAAAUA